GGUGUAAACGAUUUGACAGCUGCUCAUGCAAAAGCGAUUCAGCAGGACACUUUCAGCAUAGAAGAAAUCAACACAGGAAUAAUAACACUGCUUACAUGUAGAGUCACGUUUUGGCUUGAAAUAAUGGUGCUGUCAUCCUCUCAGCAGCUUGUGGUCGCUUUCACGGCUGUGCUGUUCGCUUUCGUGGUUUUCCCCAGAAUGUUUGGCGGCGGGGCUGGAUCAAAGGAAACAAGAGGGUUCGAUCCGCGUUAUAACAGGAAAGUAGGUCCAGGUCUGAGUCCAGGCCCAAGGGGACAUCAGAUGAACGUAAAUCCUCCAGGAUCAAAAGGCCAGACGUUUGACAAUAUGCAGCAAAUGAGAAAAAUGAUGGAACAAGAAAUGAAAAGCGAAAAGUACAAAGCGAAUAGCAAGGGAUACGUGUUUACCCUCAUGCCUCUCUACGCCAUCGGAGUGGGGAUCUUUGCAGUAUACAAGUUUAUAAAGAUCAAAUCAAAAGAGGAAACUAAAGCUGUAAAGGAUAAGACUGUCAAAGGAGCAAAGAAGCCGAUAGAGACAGAAAACCAGCUGAACGAACUGGAGCAACGUUUAGCGCAGACAGAGAAGAUGCUGAAUUCAAUACUAACUCAGCUGGAUCCACUAACAAACUGUGUGAAGUCAGUGGCAUUUGAACAGAAGAAUGAAAUCAUGUCCCAGCUCCAGAGUAUCAGACACCUUAUGAAAAAGAGGGGCAUGGACUGCCCUCCAAUCAACCUCGAAGAGCCCUCAUGUCAGAGGAAUUUGGAUGACCUCAUCGAGUCCCUGACAGCGCAGGAGUCACAGCCAACAGCCCCAGUGAUGGAGGAGGAGGAGCAGAACAUCAGUGGACAGGGAGUGGCAGAGGGCGAAGAGGAAUCUCCUCAAGAGCAAAGCGUGGAGGACGAGGAAGAGGAGGAGGAAGAUGGUGACAGGGUCACCCACACGUCCUCCUUGGAUGAGUCCUCAGAAACAAACAUUGAGGAUGUUGGGAGACUCUCAGAAGAGAUGCCGGUAACUGGGCUGAGACGACGCAACAGACCAGAAUGAACAAUAUUUUUAAUCAAAUCUGAAUUUCUAUUUAUUUUUUCAUUGUCACUGGCGCUGCACCCUGUUACCAAACACUUCCUUAUCGUCAUUGCAAGACUGCCGAGUGCAAGAGUUUUUGUUCAGCACAUUAUUUUGUGUGGCCAUCUUAUUGUGGUGUAUUCAUAUGAAUUGUGAAUGUUUUUUUAUUACAGGUAUAAACAUUGCCUAUGAAAUACUGUCAUCCAGCAAAGUAGGGUUAAAAUAAGAUGAAACAUACAUAAUACAUAUCCUAAAAACUUUGCAAGUAUCUAUGACUGCAAUGCUAAGAGCCCCUUUUGGCAUGUACAUACACAGUACAAACAUAGUCCUAUAUAUUGCAUGCUGUCACUGUUUGACAAGUUUGGUAUCGAUUUAAUUACCAUUAAUUUUUAUUUCAGGCAAACAACUAACCUUAUCUGCUGUUUAUGAGUAGAGAAGGCAUAACAGACCUAUUAUACAUUUCAGAAUUAUGACACUAAGAGGUCUGCAUCUCAGAAGCUAAAACUGCAAUGUCUGCAUUGCAUUAAGCUAAUAUUUAUUUGGUUGAUGUGCUUAUCCAGAGGAACAUACCAAGCAGAAGGAACGUGUACAUAAUACACAUAGAAACUGCUUGACAAGCCAGUAGCAUAAGACAUUAUUGUGAGCAGCUAUCAAAAUAUUGCUACUUGGUGGCAUUUGCAAAUACAGCGCUUGGACUGAAGAUGACAAAGAGGACUAGGUGAAGAAUGAUAAUUUAUGUACUUUAUUCUUUUCCUGGUAUAAACAAUGUCAACUGAACAUGCCUGUUGUUUUAAAAUUACUCAAAGAGUAAAGUCUUAAAUUAGCCAUCAGGCAAGUGGCUGCCUUACAGUUUUUGUAAUCCUGAAACAUGCACGAGGAAUAACCAAGAAGAGCAGACUUGCUUUUUGAAUCUCUUGACAUCUGCAAAUGCAUAUUUGCUUGUCUGUAUGCUUUAUGUGAUGUGUUCGGUAUUGCCUUUACUUGUCUCAUGAUGUGCAUUGUAGAUUAUAUAUAUAUAUAUGUGUGAACACUGUGGAAUUAUGGGAAGCAAACUCUGUUAUGAAAGACUGAGUGAACACUCCUUGCCUUACUGAAAAUAAAUUAUGA